GUCGCCCGGUUGUAGAUGAGUUGCUUAGUGUGCUCACUCGAACCAAGCAACCAAAAGGGACCAUUGGUAUAAUAGUGGGUCUCUCUAUAGAUAGCUUUACUUCUGGUACAAUAAAUGCGGUACUAGAGAUAGCAGAACCACUGGAACCAUUGGAACAACUACCUACAUAUCCCAUCAUUGUGACAGAU